AUGCCACAGAAAGCCUCAAGAGCCUGCCAGACUGCGGUUCCUUUCCAAUACAAGUCUACCUCAGAUAUAAAAAUAAAUACACAUCCAGAUACCCCUGCCAACCCUCUCUCCCUUCCCUUUGUGACUCCUGCAAAGGCUGGAGGGAUGUUACCGGCCCGCACACCGGGCCCAGUGGUUAAGCAUCUACCUGCUAAUGCCGGGGACAUGGGUUCCAUCCCUGAUCUGGGAAGAUCCCGCAUGCUGUGGGGCAAUCAAGCCUGUGUGCCACAACUACUGAAGCCUGCACCUAGAGUCCACGCUCUGCAACGAGAGUCAUCGCAAUGA